CAUCAUCUACGAGAGAGAGACAGAGAGAGAGACAGCAGGAGGGUGUGAGUGAAAGAAACAGUGGUGAAACCGGGGUCGAUCUGUAAUUUCCAAAUUAUUACCGAACUUGGAGCUUAUUAGCAAUGGAGGGCUUGUCGUCUUCCUCAAAUCUACCCCCCUUAUUCACAAUCACAAGGCUACCUAAUAGCCUUGGACUCUUCGUUUCUCUCAUACUCCUCACCUCUCCCACAAAAUCCCAUUUUUUUCUCAGCUUUCUGGAUUUUGGGCGUACCCAGAAAUGGAGAAUGGUUUGGAUCCCCAGAUGAGCAACACCUCUCAUGGGUCGGAAGAUGAGUCUUUGAUGGAGAUGGGAUCUGGAAGUUUUGGGUGCUCACAUUACAGAAGGAGAUGCAAGAUCAGAGCACCUUGUUGUGAUGAGAUAUUUGAUUGCAGGCAUUGCCAUAAUGAAUCCAAGAAUUCGCUUGAAGUUAAUCCUCUGAAUCGGCAUGACAUUCCUCGGCAUGAAUUAAAAAGGGUCAUCUGCUCAUUGUGUCACACAGAACAAGAUGUUCAACAAAACUGCAUCCAGUGUGGGGUUUGCAUGGGGAAGUAUUAUUGCUCAAAAUGCAAAUUUUUUGACGAUGAUGUUUCGAAGAAUCAAUACCAUUGUGAUAAAUGUGGAAUCUGCAGAACUGGAGGCAAAGAGAACUUUUUCCAUUGUAAUAAAUGUGGUUGUUGCUAUUCAAGGUUGAUGAAGGAUUCGCAUAUCUGCAUAGAAAAAGCAAUGCACCAUAAUUGCCCUGUUUGUUUUGAGUAUCUUUUUGAGACAACAAAAGACAUCACAGUCUUGCCUUGUGGGCACACUAUACACUUGCAAUGCGUGAAGGAGCUGGAACAGCAUUUCCAGUAUUCAUGCCCCGUUUGUUCAAAAUCAUAUUGCGACAUGUCUCAAGUGUGGCAAAGGCUUGAUCACGAGGUUGCUUUGACACCCAUGCCUCAAUUGUACAAAAAUAAGAUGGUUUGGAUCCUCUGCAAUGACUGUGGAGAGACAUCUGAGGUAAAUUUUCACAUUGUGGCACAUAAGUGUGUAAAAUGCAACUCUUACAAUACAAAGCAGACACGAGGAGGCCCUGCUUCGUGCUCAUCAGGAGUUGAGGAGAUGGUGAGAUGAUUUCAUCUAAAAAUUAAACGGGGUAAAGAAUUUCUGCUCGGUGAUUUACCAAGCUCAUUCAAGACAUGAGGGAAGGGCAGGCAUGUUGUUCAUUGAUUAUUAUUUACUGAUUCAAUUGUAGUUUUCAUUUGUUUGCUAGUAUUCAGAGGCCAGAUUCAUUUGAGACAUGAAGGGUGGGCAAGCAUGUUGUUCUUUGAUUAUUUACUGAUUCUUAGUUUCACUUGCUGAUCUAUCUAUUUUGCCUCUUGAUUUCAA